AUGGCGAAACGAAUACUGAACGAUGUGAGGCGUAUCAUCCCACCCUUGUCACCCAAAAUGCACAAAGGUCAAGCUGGGCGUGUUGGCGUCGUGGGGGGCUCACAAGAUUAUACAGGAGCACCUUUCUUUGCGGCCAUUGACCUCUCCCAUGUGAUUUGCUCUCCCGACGCUGGCAGUGUCAUAAAGACUUAUUCACCCGAUCUGAUUGUACAUCCCAUCUUUAACACGAAAGACGAUCGUGCACGAGUCGAAUCUCAACUCAGAGAUAUCUUUGAAAGACUUCACGUAGUUGUGAUAGGACCAGGGUUGGGCCGGGAAGACCACAUGCAGGAUUAUGCCCGCAUGGCAAUCUCCAUUGCUCGCGACCAGGACAAAUACGUUGUGCUGGAUGCGGAUGGUCUUUGGCUCAUCCAAAAACACCCCGAAUACAUCAGGGGAUACCGAAAAGCAGUUCUUACUCCGAAUAUAGUGGAGUUUGGCCGUCUGCGCGAUGCAUUGAAAAUUCCCAAGGAUGCGCCAGCAGACACCCUCGUAUCGCGGAUAGCAAAAGAAUUGGGGGACGUCGUCAUUCUCCAGAAAGGUGCACAGGAUAUCAUCUCGAAUGGAAAGCGGACCGAGAUUAUCGAUGUGGAAGGUGGUUUGAAGCGGUGCGGCGGUCAAGGUGACAUCUUGAGUGGUGCUGUGGGCACGUUCCUCGCAUGGGGGAAAGCAUACGCGGAAACGACGAUUGAGAAAGGUGACUCGGAGGACUCGAGCAUAGAUAUCAAGGAUGUUCCCUUGCUCGCGGCCUGCGGCGCCUCAACCAUCACACGAGUGACGUCUAAGCUCGCCUUUAAAAAGCUUGGGAGGGGGGUAGUAACGGGAGAUAUGAUAUCCGAGAUUGGAAGAGCGUAUGAAGAGGUGUUCGGUGACGUCGGAGAGAAAGGUUGGAAGGGGAAAGAGGUGAAACUGUAA